AUGCUACUCGAAGAAAAGCACCGAAACGCGACAACUUCUUCAGCGUCAACUCCUUCUGCGACAAAAUAUAUUAUUAAAGAUGCCGUUGGAGUAAGUGAAAAUGCGAAGAAUGAUGAUGUAUUAACAGAUCUAAACCGACUUAUUUGUGAAGACACUUUCAAUGAGUGCUCUGUCAGUCAAUCAAUGGGGAAGUCUUUCUCUUUUCUAUCUGAAAUAACAUCGGAAAAGUCAAAAGACCACGUCGUUGCUAUUUACAAUAACGCAUUUGAAUAUGCGAACGGCAAUAAUUAUCCAGCCCUUGUUCUAACGGAUCACAACAAAGAUCUGAUCAUUUGUGAGACUGACUUGAGCGAUUGUGAAGAAGUGGAAUAUCCGAAAGAUCCCAUGGACCCCGGAACUGCUAUUGGGAUCUUAUUCGGGGCAGUCACAGGCACGCUUUUGGCAGUUUAUCUUAUCGUCGCGUUUCUCUGGCCCAAAUGGGGUUGGAAGUGGCUUUUACCAAGAGGAAAGUCGAAGCCCACGACGUAUUAUUCACAACCACCUAAGCCGGCUCCGAAACCGACAGAGCCGACUCCCCGACCACCUUCUCAAACUCAGGUUCAACCUGAGUAUCCUACUUCUACUGUUAACGUGAACAUAAGCCAGCGUAAUCCCCACAGCUUUACCUACGCACACACUUCUGCUUUGCAAAAUAGUAAUCUGUACAAUCAAAGCAGUCAAGGAGCGUUAGAAAGUCAGCCAGCAAUCGUUUAUCAUGGAACUAGCCAUGAACGAAGCUUAGAUCCAGGCUCAGUGAGUCUCCAGCUUGAGCCUGCUGCAUCAACGAGUACAAAAUCUAUGAAAUUCCCGCCGCCAUCGAGAUCGAAAUCGAAAAAACGAGCUGCCCCUCCUCCAUCAAAUCCGAUCGGAGAUGUGAACGAAGCUUUCUCGGAUUCUUAA